CAAUCGCUCGUUUAAGUGUGACCGUAGUCCGUUACUAUAGCAACAGAGAAGUACAACAAGUGCCGGGCAACCCAACGACGCUGCACCGAGCCGCAGUGUAUCACCUCAUCCGACGACACUUAAACUAAAAUACCAGCGUUUUUUUUAUAGCUCAUCAUUUAAACAUCCUUUAUUAUUGAGCCUAACUUUGACAGAUAUGUCGUCAAAAGACGUCGUACAGCAGGCCCAGCAGCUGUGGUCGAUGCUGGACGACAUGUCUCAGGACGACCCCCAGGCCUACCAAACAUUCAUCCAGAAGCACAUGAAGGAGGGUCUGGAGUUCAGCAGCCCGCCCCAGGUCCACUCCUGUGUACGGACGGACAUACUGGGACCGAAAAAGGGAGUUUUAUACGUCAACAUCUGCGGCUGGAAACGAGUCCCCGCGGCCCCCGAUCCCAGUAAACCAGUACCAGUAUGUGGAGGGAAACUGGAAACACACACGGACCCCGAUGGAGAGAGCUACACCGUGCUGGACGUAGCCUUCAGCCCCUCGGAGCUCCGGCGGUCUGAGCAGUGCCGGGGCGGUGGAGGGGGAGGAGGGGAGCUGGACCCCCAGGUCUAUCUGCUGGCCCUGAGCUUCGCCCAGAGGCAGCACGGCCUGAGUUUAUCCGAGCGGUACCGGAUCCACAGCGCCGGCCCCAGGGGGAGCCGGGAAGACGUGCAGCAGCGCCUCGAAUGCCGGAAGCAGCCCGGCAGCAGGCCCGCCCCCGGAGGCGCCCACGGUCCUGACGCAGUGUCUUCCCCGGCCUCCCUCCUGCAACACAUCUCCUCCCUCCGCCUGGAGGACACAGAAAACCAGUCAUCGGAGAUCGUGAUCGGGCCAACAGCUGCAGCAGCAGAACCAGAGCAGAAUAAGAACAAGAAGGCUCUAAUCCAGGUGAUCUCCAGCUCGUAUGCGCCACUGCAGCCCCAGACCCCCCACUACCAGCUGCUGGUGAUCCCAGGAGGCGGGAUCGGGUCCCGCGGCACAGUGGAGCUAACAGUCGAGCUCCCCAGGGUGCUCUCCGUGUCCGAGUGUCAGCUCAGCGUCUCCCAGACCGACGUCCUCCUGGAGGUGGAAGACCUCUACCUUCUCCUGGUGGAGCUGCCGGAGGCGGUGGACGAGGACAGCGCCUCAGCCACCUUCAACAGGAAGAAGAGGAGGCUGACCGUGAGGCUGGAUGUUCUCUGAGACGGCAGACAGUCAGAAGAGACCGGAGACCUCCUCAAAGAACGGCGUCUGACCGUAAAGCUGGAAUUCUCUGAGGCAGCGGACGAUCAGAGGCGACCAGAGACCUCCUUAUGGAGCGCAGGCUGACCUUGAGGCUGGUUGUUCUCUGAGACAGCGGAAACCAGAGAUUUCCUUAAAGAAAAGUCUGGGAAUCAGCCCACAUAGAAACGCCUGGUGGUGGAAAACGAUAUGUCGAGGAGAGCCGAGGAAUCGUUUGGCGAGGAGAAGUCUCCAGAGACGCUUUGAUUAAAAGACACGCCGUCAUUACAGAAAACGAUCCAUGCGACAGUUCAUCUUUAUUAAAAGACUCAAAAUGAUUUUAAGUACAACAAUAUCGAGGUUUGGCAAUUGACUCACAUUGAAAAUAGGCAUUAAAAAAACACAACAGAACAAACUCUCUUUAUUCUUAGGUUCAGAUACUAGGCACCAGCUACCGCUGUGGAACACAGAACACGGCGCUGUAAACUUUCAUUUGUUAGCUUCGUCUGAGUCUGACGCCGCACCGAUUCCUUGAUGGGUCAUGCGACACAAUGGACAUGCACCCAAAUACGCGCUGCGGUCAAAGUGCCUAAUAUGUGUUCAAUAUAAUAAAGUGAUAGCAAAAUCUUAA